AUGGGUCGCAAAACAAAAAAACAAAAAGCUGACAAGCCUCGGAUGGGCUUAAACAUCAGCGAUAUGUGGAGACAGGUGCAUAGCACAGCUGGGCCUCAGAUGGCCACUUACACUCAUACGUACUCUGAGCUAUCGGACGAUCUGUCCCUCGAGGGGGAGAUGGAGAAGCUGCCCUCCAUACUCCCUCAGCCACCGGCUCCAAUGAACCCGGACACAUCUCCAGUGACCACCGCAGUUCUGAAAAAACCUCUGGCCGACCUACAGAGGAAUAUGCUCACUGGCAUCAGAGCAGACCUACAAGGCCUGAGAGGCCAGAUUGGGAAUCUUGAGACUACCUCCAACACCACCACACAACAGAUACCCACACUUCAGCAGGAAGUAAAAAAGCUGCAGCAACAGCAGGAAUCUUCUGACUGGUGUUUUGCAUUGCUGAACGAUCUCUGA